AUGAGUUCCAAAGGUAUAUAUUUCAGAUAUAUCUAUAUUUAAUUUAAUUUUGUAAUUUUAUAUAGUUAUAAAAUUUAGAAAUAAUAUAUAAUGUACAAUAUUAUGUUAUAGAAAAAUAUAAAAAUUUCCUGUCUACAAACAGUGUUUUUGAUGAAGAUUAUACUGUAUAUAAAUCUCAAUUUAUUGGACUUGACGAUAAACCUUAUAAUAUAAAAUGUGUUUUGUGUGAUGAAAAAUUUGUCCUUCCUGAAAAGGAGAAAGAUUUGUUGUCUCAUUUAUUUAAAGAACAUCGUCUUGUAAUAGGAGAUGUUUGGAAUAUUGCUAGUUUAAAAAGUUAUAUACAUUACUGGGGUGUUAAAUUUAAAGAAGAACCUUUGACUAAAUUUUGUACCACAAUGUUAAUGGAUUGUACCCCUGCUGGAGAACCAAAUAAAAAUGAAAAAUAUUAUUUACUUUCUGACUGCAUUUCAGAAGAUAAAACUUUAAGAGAUGAAAUACAUCGAGCAAAACUGGAAUGGGUUUUAUCAGAACAAGCAAGAGAAAGGACAGAUACUAACUUUAAACGUGGGUGUAUGUUUUGUAGAACAGAAUUUUUUGGUUUACGUAUUACAUAUAUAAAGCAUUUAGCACAAAAGCAUAAUUUAUAUCUUGGAAAACCAGACAAUUUGGUACUCAUAGAUGAAUUUUUAGAUAAAAUUCAAACUUCUAUUGAAAAUUUAAUAUGCAUAUAUUGUGAAAAACUAUUUAAAGAUCGCACAGCUUUAAAGGAGCAUAUGCGUAAAAAACUACACAAAAGAAUAAAUCCACAUAAUAAAGAAUAUGAUAAAUUUUAUAUAAAUAAUUAUCUGGAACCAGGAAAAUCAUGGAGACAUAAACAGAUUACUUGCAACGAAAAUGAUGUGGUAGGAGAUCAAAGCAGUGAAAAUGAGGAUGAAGAUACAUGGUCAGAUUGGAAUGAUGAAGGCAUAGGAAUAUCAUGCUUGUUCUGUAGUUACAGUGAUAAACAUUUUCACCUUAUUCUUGUACAUAUGAAAGUAGAACAUGAUUUUGAUUUUAAAAUUGCAUCAAAAGACUUAACAUUUUAUCAAAAAGUAAAAGUAGUUAAUUAUGUUAGAAGGCAAAUUCAUUUAAGACAAUGUGUUUUUUGUGGAAUAAAAAUAGAUAAUGUUUUAGAACAUAUGAAGGAACAAAAUCAUUUUAAAAUACCUGUACAAAAAGUAUGGGAUCAACCAGAAUAUUAUUUUCCUAUGCAUGAAAAUGAAUCCUUUUUAUAUAAUUUGGAUGUGAGUAGUACUAGUGAUGAAGAAAGUGAUAUUGAAAAUAUUACAGAGGCAAUGUAUUAUAAAUACUAUAGCUUUUCAGAGGGCACGACUAUGUGCAGAAAAAUUAUAUCAACAUUUGCCAUUUAAAUUUUCCACGCCACAAAUUAUAGAAAUGUUUCAAGUAGAAUGGCAUGAAUAUAUUCUUAAAAUGAAAAGACAAAUUGGAGGUAAAAUAUGGUCCUUAACACGAACUGUUGCUGUUUUUAUAAAUAAUAAAUUUCUUGGUAGUGAUGUACAAUUCUUACAUUAUGUAUGUCAAGAUUAUAUAUUUAGUUUACCUAUUAGUGUAGAAUAUUAUGAAAAUCUUGCUACAGAAUAUUGUAAAAAAUUUAUGGAAAAAUCUAAACUAUAUUCUGAUUUGUUACCAUUAACUUGUCAAUAUUUCUUAAAUCUUUGCACUGGAUAUGAUGAGGUGCAAAAAUGUUAUAAAAAUGUUUAUUAUAUAAACACACGUUUAUAUCGUGUAGUAAAAAAUGGAUGGAUCCAGUGUGGAGGACUUAAAUCAUCUAAAUUGGAUAAAAAUGCUGAUGAUAAUGUUAAAAUAUCUGAUGAGUCUUAUUGUGUUCCUCACGAUCGUCGAGGAGUUCUUUCAUUAACAAAUGAUGGGAAACAUUGUAAUAAAUCACAAUUUAUCAUAUGUUUAAAACCAAAUCCUUGGAUGAACCAUUUUUAUGUUGCUUUUGGACAACUCAUUGAUGGUGCUAAAACUUUAAAAAUAUUAGAAGAUAUUUCAACAUAUUAUGAACAUCCUAUUAAAGAAAUAGUAAUUUCACAAUGUGGAGAAUAUAUUUUUGGUGAUGAAAUUAAGAUGGAGACAGAAUCAAAAAUCUUCCUUGUUAAUAUGAUUGAAAUCAGUUAUAUUUUUAAUUAUAUUUAUAUUAAACAUCAAUCACCAGCAAGCAUAGAAGGAGAUGUAGCAUUUACUGACAUUGCAUUUGAUCUUUAUUGUGUUACAUCAUGGUUAGAUAAUAUUGUGGAUAGGGUGGAUGUUCGCGAUACUGUAUCGCUUUUGAUGGUUGAACGGUAUUUAAAUGGUCUCUAUUGUCUUUCAAGUGACUAUGAACCAGGAAUGGAUAUGCGUGUGUAUGAAAAAAUUUAUCUAGUUGAUAUGGAAAAGUAUGAUACGACGACUGCUAAGCUUCACAAUUUAUUAUUGAAUUUUCAACCAUAUACAAUGACUGAACGAGAAAAAUUAACAUUUAUUUCAGAGAUCUCUAAAAUUAUUUUAGCUUACAUUUUUCAUCAUGAACAUAAUGAAUUUUGCUUACAACAUGUUUCAAUGAAUACUCACGCAAUAAUACACAAAAUAUUAGAAAUUGCGCAUGAAAUAGCGUUAAAAUCUAUCAAAAAAGCUACAAGAAAGUCUAUAAUCUCUCUGAAAUGUGAAAGUUCAAAAAUAGAAAAAAUAUUUGAACUAAAACAUGCUAAUAAUAUAUUAAUCUCAGAAGGCUGUAUGUCAUUAUUGGAAGAAAUAUUGAAUAAAGCUAUAUUGUGUCUAAUAAAAUGUUUUAAAAUGCAAGAAGAAUAA